AUGUCAUCCACCAUUUUUUAUAGAUUCAGAUCACAGAAAAACUCAUCAAGAAUACAGUUUGACGGUACUGGUCUAACAGUGUACGACUUAAAGAAGGAAAUCAUCAAUGAAAAUAAACUUGGAACAGGACUAGAUUUUGAUCUAAGACUUUAUAACAACGAUACAAAUGAAGAAUAUCAAGAUGAUGCAGUGGUGAUACCUCGUUCCACAUCUGUCAUUGCCAGAAGAUCACCAGCUACUAGAAACGGGAAAGGUACAGCGGCCAGAUAUGUCACUGGUAAACCACGAGCAACAAAGAUUGAAUUAAAACCUCAACAACAAACACAGGCAACACAACAGGAUAAUAAUAAUCAAACACAACAAACAGAAGAAGAAAGAAUCAAUGCAAUGUUUGCUAAUCAAAGUGAUCAAUGGAAACAAACACAACAAGUCAUGUCCACUGCGACUCCUGUUUAUAAUAAACCUGCAGCUUCGUCAACAACAAAUAAUCCAGAUGAUGUACCACCACCAGGCUAUAUGUGUUAUAGAUGUGGUAGUAAAGAUCAUUGGAUCAAGAAUUGUCCAACUAAUGACGAUCCUAAUUGGGAAGGUAAGCGAGUCAAGAGAACUACAGGUAUUCCAAAGACUUAUUUGAAAACUAUUGAAAAACCUGAAGAUGAAUCAACAGGUGUCAAAUCUUAUAUGAUGAAUGAAGAAGGGAAAUAUGUUGUCCAAGUGGCCGAUGAGAAAUCUUGGGAAACUUAUAAGAAAAAAGUUAACAAGACCCAGGAUAUGAUUAAUGAUAUGAAAGAUAUCGACCCGGCUUUGAUAGAUCCAUCUACUGGGAAAGUUUUCCAAGAUCCUGUGAAUACCCCAUGUUGUGAUUCGAUUUUUUCAAAACAAGUUAUCGAGGAUAAAUUACUGGAGAGUGAUUUUGUUUGUCCGAAAUGUGGUAAAGAAGAUAUUUAUCUAGAUCAAUUGAAACCAAAUGUUGAAUUAAACAAGAAAGUUGAAGAAUUUUUAGAUAGUGAGUUUGAAAAAAGAGGUGUCAAGAGAACUACACAAGAAGAUUUAGAACAAUCUAAAAGACAAAAUAUUGGUUCAUUGCCUAUAAAGCCAGAUGCCUCACAACAACAACAACAACAACCAGGUGGUCAAAUACCGAUGAUGCCAAUGAAUCCAUUUGGAUUACCAUUUGUUCCACCG